GCGAACCUGUCAUUUCUUUCUCUAGAACUCAAACCAACCUAAAAGUCUUCAGCGAGUGCCGGAGUCACUCGUUUACCCCAAGACAAUCUAUGCAGGGACUCAAACCAAACUAAACUCUCUCCUUUUUGCAAGUAACUCGUCCCCACUGCCAAAUAAAGACACAAAGAGGAAGCAACUCAGCCAGAGUUUCAUUCAUUGCUGCCAAAACCAAAUCAGAGUUUAAACUUUGAAAUCCCUCUUCAUUCAUUCACAAUCUAAAUCUAAAUUCUAUUCUAGGGUUCCAAUUCAAAAUAGAUGUACUCCAGCAAUUUGAUUGGUUUCAUUUUGGCCGUUGUUUCCGGAGCUUUCAUCGGCUCCAGCUUCAUUAUCAAGAAAAAAGGUCUCCAACGUGCCGGCCUUAACGGCACUCCUGCUAGUGUCGGAGGCUAUGGUUAUCUUCUUCAGCCUCUUUGGUGGAUCGGAAUGGUUACAAUGAUUGUUGGAGAGAUUGCGAAUUUCGUAGCGUAUAUUUAUGCCCCUGCUGUGCUUGUCACGCCACUAGGUGCUUUGAGUAUUAUUGUCAGUGCUGUGUUGGCUCAUUUCAUGUUGGGCGAGAAGUUACAGAAAAUGGGCAUGCUUGGGUGUCUUCUAUGCAUUGUUGGAUCUACUGAGAUUGUGCUCCAUGCACCUCAAGAAAGGUCUCUUACUUCUGUGUUGGAAAUAUGGCUUUUGGCUGUCCAACCAGCAUUUCUCUUGUACAUAGCCUCGGCAAUGGCUUUGUCAUUCUUUUUGAUUUUUUAUUGUGCACCUCGCCACGGCCAAACUAAUAUCUUUGUUUAUAUUGGGAUAUGCUCCAUAAUUGGAUCAUUGACUGUCAUGAGUGUAAAAGCGAUUGGCAUAGCCAUUAAACUUACAUUCGAUGGUUCAAAUCAGUUUAUCUACUUUCAAACAUGGAUUUUUACAAUGGUCGGCAUUUCCUGCAUCAUUACUAGUUUAAAUUAUCUUAAUAUGGCAUUGGAUACUUUCAACACAACAGUGGUUUCUCCAAUCUAUUAUGCACUGUUCACUUCUUUUACAAUAUUAGCCAGCGCAAUCAUGUUUAAGGACUAUUCAGGACAAAGUAUAAGCAGUAUUGCAUCAGAGCUAUGUGGUUUCAUCACUGUUUUAUCUGGAACAACUGUAUUGCACUGCACUAGAGUACCAGAUCCUCCUGUCAGUACAGUGCAGAUGUGUACAGUCCCCUGUCUCCAAAAGUAUCAUGGUAUAUCCAAGGAAACGGCGAACCCUGGAAACAGAAGGAAGAAGAUGGACCGCCCCUUAAUUUAAUUAGGAUCAUCCAGCAAGACCAUUUCAAGUGAUUCUGAAUUUAACCGGUAGAACAAUAAAUUAGAUCCAUCCAUUGAGUUAGACAGGGCCAUCUUUUUCUCAUUGUCAGAGUGCUCUUCCGCUCAGUUACCAUGAAACAGAAAUGUGGCUGGCUUUUGUACAUUAUGCAAAAGGAAUGGAUUCAAAAGAAUCUAUCACAUUGUGCAGCAAAGCAGAGAUAGUGCUUUUUUUCAUGUGAUUUUGUAUAUUAAAAGCUUAGUUUCUAUCAAUAUGAAACUGAGGAGGUGGGGGUGUGUUCCAAUUUGUUGUAUUGUGGUAGUUGGUGUAAUACUUGUUAUUAGUUGUUUUUUUGUACACUGAUUUUUUUCCCCUUUUCUUUUCAUUUUGUUAAAUUAACUGAAUUAUUUAAACAUAGUUUAUUUGUAUACGUUGAUAAGUGUAAUUUUAAAUAUUUUAGUGAUUGAAUCUUA